UGAGCCUCAUGUGACGGAGGUAGGUCAGACUGAGCGGAGAGUCAGAGGGUUUAUUUAACUCCUCGCUCCGUCCUCCUCCACUUUCCCAACGCGCCACCGAGAGGGCUGACCUCCUUCCGCGGCGUGGAACCGACGGAGACUUCCUUCACCCGCCACAUCAGAGUUCCACCAAAGAAAAAAAAAUAUGAGAAACCCGUCAAAGCUGCUGUAAAUUGAAUCCGAGGCGCAGAUCAUUCGUGGCUGGACCGGAGACGUGCUCUGACUUUGACGCUGUUUCUGGAGCGCAGAUUAUGGAGCGCAUUCCAAGCGUGCAGCCGCCUCCUCUGUCCAAACUCCAGACGGAUCUGUCUGACAUGCAGAGCAUGGAUUUUCCAAUGUACGUUUAUAAACCGAGGCGCGGAAUGAAGAGAGGUGAAGAAAGUAAGGACACCUACAAGCUGCCCCACAGACUCAUCGAGAAGAAAAGGCGCGACCGCAUAAACGAAUGCAUCGCUCAGCUGAAAGAUUUAUUACCUGAACACCUGAAACUCACUACUCUGGGCCAUCUGGAGAAGGCUGUGGUUUUAGAGCUCACACUCAAGCAUGUGAAAACCCUCACCUCUCUUCUGGAGCAGCAGCAGCAGAAGAUCCUUGCCCUGCAAAGCGGCAUGCAGAUCGAACAACCUCCUGUCAACCAAGAGAAGUCAGAGGAGAUGUUUCGCUCUGGCUUUCACAUGUGUGCCAAGGAGAUCCUUCACUAUCUAGCCGCUCACGAGUCUAGUGGAGAUUUUACACCCUCCCAUGUAGUCAAUCACCUUCACAAAGUGGCUGCAGAGGUGCUGCAGGGUCCAGCCCGACCCCGCACUCCUGUCAGCCCCGGGCCCUCGGAGGUCCCUGCCUACCAUCAGCACGAUCUGCACAAGGAGAAACCCGACAACCUGCCGCCGAAGCCCAGCGAGGGCUACGGGAAGAACUGCGUUCCGGUCAUCCAGAGGGCAUAUGCUCCGCCAAGCGGUGAGCAGAGCGGCAGCGACACAGACACAGACAGUGGCUACGGGGGUGAGCUGGAGAAACCGGAAUCCAGGGUGCAGCAUCAAGAGUACUACGGUCCGGAGAACCCGCAGAAGCGGUCUCAGGCGGAUCGGCAGAACUCCAGCAUCAAGCAGGAGGACGACGAGCCGCGCCACAAACGGCCCCGCGUCGAGUCGUCUGAAGACGAGCUGCUGUCGGGCGGCGAGUCCUCGACCUCCUCGUCCUCGAGCGGUUACAGUAGCUACAUGAGUGUUUCGCCCAACCACCCACCUCCCCCGCCGCACCCCCUCUGCAUGCCGUUCUACCUCAUUCCGCCCUCCGCUGCAGCCUACCUGCCCAUGCUGGAGAAAUGCUGGUACCCCGGAGCCGUGCCUAUGCUCUACCCAGGCAUGGGGGGCUCUUCACCCACCAUGCCCAGCGACAGACCAUCCCCACCUCAGCUAGUGUUAUCCCCCAGGGGGGGAUCUCCAGCCCCAACCCUUUCACAGACCCCCAUGGAUUCCCCUGCUCUCCUUCAAGCACUAAAGCAGGUACCCCCCCUCAACCUGGAAACCAAAGAAUGAGACGGAUGGAAUGAGACAAUCCGGUUCCAUAAGCCAGAGGCAGAGUCUGUAGCUGAAGAGAAGAACUGAGCUGUUCCUCAAAGCAUAAUCAUUGAACUCCUCUGUUCCUCCGACCCACAGACCACAAGAGGACUUGUAGAAAUGUUUAGGAGGGUCCACAGAGGACUCCCUCUCCGGAGCUCUGCUUGAAUGUUCAAAGUUCAGUGGUUUUCCUCGUCGCAGAUGUAUCCUGUACACUCGGCCUGUCCUGCACACACAAACACAUCGGUUGAAUGUAAAGUCUGAAAUGUUCUUAGCUGCUGCUGUUGAAGUGUAAACGCAGAUGACACUGACGCGUCUCACUGUAGCUUCUCGUGACAAAGACACACCCCUCCAGAGACUUUACCAAAUGUCACCCAAAGUCUGUGGCCUGCAUCCUCCAUUACUGACGACAUCCUUCUGAGCGGACAUAGCCUGGCUGUGCACAGGCGGGGGUGAGGGGGGGCAGCCACAGUGGAUGAAGGGAUAGGCCGCCACACGGCCAAAGUGAAUGACACCUCUUUUCUUUUUAUUAACAAAUAGGUUUGUGUAAUUAUUGUCCAUAAGCGUAAUGUACAUUUUUAUUUUUGAUACGUGUUCUUGCACUCUGUGGCCUGGGAGUGUGGGUGGCGAUGAGGCGUGCUCAAACUGUGUACAUUCGGACCCGGUCUGCAUUCACCACCAUCUGUUUUUGCUCAAGUCAAACCCGGUGUUUGUUCUUGCUGUUGCCUUUUCUUGUGAAACGCUGAUGAAUCUCAGUUGUUUUUUCUCCGUACAAUGUAUGAAUACUGGAGGUAAAAGCCGAAGCGAGGGAAGACGUGAAUGUAAGUUUUAACAGAAGACUAGUUUUCUAUAGAAAGAGGUACUAAAGAUUUUAUAUUUUGGGACCUAAAGAAAGAUGUUUGAUGUACAUAUUUUGUCUAUAAAUGUUAUUAUAUACGUGUAUUAAUAAAGUAUUUUUCCUGUGGAAACUUG